AUGGCUCCCUCAACCAAGCUCGACAUCAUCUUCGGCGCCAUGACCUUUGGCAAAGAAGGCGUCGAGCAAGUCCGCACCUCCAACCUAGACGACUGCGCCGCCAUCCUCUCCACCUUCCAAUCCCACGGCCACCACGAAAUCGACACGGCCCGCGCGUACGGCAACGGCAGCAGUGAAGAAUAUCUCGGCCAACUGAUCGACUGGCAAUCCCAGCCCCCGACCCUCGCGACGAAAUUCUACCCAAACAUCCACGGCUACCUGGGCUUCACCGUCACCCACUUGACCGAAGCCGACAUGCGCGCCGCCAUCGACGCCUCGCUCGCCGCCCUGAAAACCCCCUGCGUAGACCUCUGGUACCUGCACGGACCGGACCGCUCCGUUCCCCUCGAAGAAACCGUAGCGAUCGUGCAAAAGUUCUACCGCGAGGGCAAAUUCAAGACCUGGGGCGUCUCCAACUUCAUGGCCUGGGAGGUCGCCGCCAUCUGCGAGAUGUGCGACGCCAGGGAAGGCUGGGUCAAGCCCACCGUGUACCAGGGCGUCUACAACGUGCUCAACCGCACCGUCGAGCACGAACUCCUACCCUGCUUGAGGAAGUACGGCAUCGCCUUCUAUGCGUUCAAUCCGCUGGCGGGCGGCUACUUGACGGAUCGGUAUCGUCGGGACAUCAAGGAUGAGGAGAUUGAGCCGGGCAGCCGGUUCGACCAGAAUCGGAUCCAGGGCAAGAUGUACCGGAUGCGGUACUGGAACGACGCGUUUUUCUCGGCGCUGGAGCGGUUGAGGGAGGUGGUGCUGCCCAAGGGGUUGAGGGAGAGCGAGGUCGCGCUGAGGUGGAUGAUGCAUCAUUCCGCGUUGAAAAGGGAGUAUGGGGAUAAGGUGAUUAUUGGGGCGAGCUCGAAGGCGCAGUUGGAGAGGAAUCUGGAGGACUUCGAGAAGGGAGAGUUGGGGAAAGAGGUGUUAAGUGUUUUGGAUGAAGGAUGGGAGAUUUGUAGGGGCGUGGCGUGGAAGUAUUUCCAUUGA